AUGGCUACAGCAAGUUGGCGACUGCUGAAGGGCAAGACCGCCUGCAUCACGGGAGGCACAACCGGGAUCGGUCGUGGUAUCACACUCGAAUACCUGAAACAGGGAGCCAAUGUCGCGGUUAACCACUUGGGCCUCCGCAGCGACGAGAAGCACAGGCUCACCUUAAUCGAAGAAGCUCAAAAGAUUCGUGAUACCGCCCCCAAGGAUUCGCCCACGGGGGAGCUGAUAGAACUUGCUGGAGAUGUAACCGAUCCCAGUACUGGUAAAGCUCUUGUCGGCGCAGCGGUGAAGAAUUGGGGUGGACUUGACAUUUUCAUUGCCAAUGCCGGUAUAUUCAAACCAGCUGAAUUUCUGACGCUCGAAAAGGAGGUUUUUGACAAGACAAUGCAUGUCAACGUCAAUGGUGCAUUCUACUGCUGUCAAGCAGCAGCCAACCAAAUGGUCAAGCAAGGCCGUGGGGGUUCAAUCAUUGGCAUCUCUUCCAUCAGCGCACUACAAGGGGGAGGACUGCAGACACACUAUACACCAACAAAGGCUGCAGUUUUGUCAAUGAUUCAGUCAAUGGCAGUUGCACUAGCUAAGCACCGUAUCAGGUGCAAUGCUCUGCUUCCGGGCACUAUUCACACUCAGCUGGCUGAAGAGGACAUGCAAAACGAGCAGAAGCGAAAGUAUUUGGAGCAGCGUAUUCCGAUGGGUGUGGGAAAGCCACAUGAUCUGGCCGGGCCGGCCGUGUUCUUGGGUUGCGAGCAUCUCAGCGGGUUUAUGACGGGGUCCCAGAUGCUGGUAGAUGGCGGCAUGUAUGUCCAUUUACAAUAG